AUGGAUUACGAUGAUGCUGAUGCCCAGGAAUGGCAGAACACCUUUGCUCCACCCACUCAGGCUGCAGUGAACAACGAGCAUGUGCCAUGCGACGAUUACUGGUUUAUCCCACCAUACACCGACAUUAACGACCUGGAAGAUCACCUCAGAAUUGAUCUUUGGGGCACCCACAAGAACAUCCAGAGCGCCAAGGCGGCAUUGGACCACAUGGAGAAGUUCUACCAUGGCCGCGCUGAGAAGAAGCAAAAGGCUACUCGAACGAAGGGAUGGGCACGGCCGGAACGCGAACUCACACCAGCAGAGCAGAAAAAGAAGGAUCGGGAGAUCAAACGGCAGCAGGAGCGGCAGAAGUACCUGGGCGAGCCGACCGAGGAGUUUCCCUUCACACACUGCAUCGCGUGGCCCAAGGAAGUACCCAUUUUUCGAUACCUAGGUGGCAAGUUGGAAAGGCUGGACGCUUUGCGCGCCGAGUUUCAAUCAUUCAUUUGGAUUGAUAAGGCAUUGAACUUGUACGUAGCCGGCGGGGAUGAGGGAACCACUAUGGCUGCCAUGGGCCGAGUCAAAAACUUUCUCAUCAAAGUUUUGAACCGUCCCCCAGAAAAUGUUUGCCAUGUGCUCGAAAAACCGUCAAAGCUUGUGCAGAUUCACAUUGUUCCCAACCCACCUGCACCAUACAUCUCGCCCAACCAAGGGUUCCAUGGCAUGCAGGGCGGCGGCACGCAAGAUGGGACGAAGAUCCGCUAUCUGAAGGCCAAGGAGGUGGGCGAUUUUGGGAACGUUCGGGAAGUGGAUCUUCGGAUGUCUGCUAUCGACUCAGGCAACAGAAACAGCGAUGCAGCUUCAGGGACAAACGGACGACACACAGACAUCGCUCCUGACAUGGGCCCCUAUGUGCGACCAAUGCAGUAUUCUGAAAGGAUGACACAGCGCAACAUUGACAGGAUCAGACACGAACUCGAGGGCUCGCUCGAGGCAGUUCAGCUGAUGGACUACGAUGUUAAGAUGCGCAUCCGAAUUGGUCAAGUCGGUCUGUUGAUCUAUCCCAAGCAGACUGUGUGGGAAAUUGCGGAUUUGGACACCGCUGUCAUCCCUGACGGUCGCUUGAGGUCCGAAUUCAGCCCAUACUUCAUCAAGUCCUCGGGGACGUUUGCAGCAGCGGAGAGAAGGAUCACUCCACCAGACAACGGGGAGCAAGCCGUUGAACCGGACGAGGUGUGGUUCCUUCACAUCUUGCGAAGAGACGAAGAGACGCAGGAGACGAUCAAUGUCAUGCUGGAAGUGACUUUCAGAUCCGACGGUAACGCAGGUCUCUGGAAUGGCCUCGUGCAACAGACGACGCCCUUGGACAUCAGAGUCAUUUCAUCAGAGAGGCGUCUGUCGUGGGCAUGGACCGUCUCUGCUGGAAAGCGGCAUUCGGACCAAUCGCUCGAGGCCAAGUUCGUUCGCAGCCUCCACUUGCAGAAAGAGAGUGGACGAGACAGCAUCCUGCAUUUUGCUAACACUGAUGAUGUUCAGCUGCGACAUGUUCGACGCGAGAAGAAGAAGCUUAUUGUGCGCGACCAGUGGACUAUCGAGAUGACCGAGGAGGCCUUCUGGACUAUGGAGAUGCCUUUCAUGCCAUACCAGAUUAACCCGCUGAACGAACCUCCAAGCCAAGUGCUUUACUCACUGUCGAUGUAUCGGGAUUCGUGGAAGAGCCGCUUCAGCGAGAACCCAUACCUGGGCCUGGGCCAAGUGCCGACGUGGGAGCCAGAGGACUUUUUCAAGGGAGAAGAGGCUAUUGAGAAGACCUUGGAGGCCGUAUCUGAAGUUCGAUCGUUGAUUGAAGGACUCUAUUAG